CAUACUGUUAUCUCUUAAUGAUCAUGUGUUCAUGUGUUGAAUCAACUAGAUAGCAAUAUCCCUUUUUUCUCGCAAAAGAAAAUUACGACGUCUCGGUCAAAAACUGAUCUAGGAGUAAGGGGAAACUAAUCUUGGAGAGACAAAGGGCGGUUUAAUUGUUCGUUAGGAGCCGAAUUACGGCAUAGAACAUGCACAAAAAUAGGUGUUUUCCCCUUUUUUUUUCUUCUUUAGCUUUGGGCAUAUGUACUUACAUUUUCACCAUGUGACAUGUAAAUAUAUUUGUCCUUUGUCCUAAUUAAGUGCUACGGUUACUUCGCAUCUAGUUCUUGUUAGGUCUCCGGCUCUUAUGGCUCUAUAAUUAGCCUGGAUUAUUGCUUGGUCUUCUUGUUCAUGGGCUUAUAAAUAGAACACACUGCCAUUAGCAUGGGUCGUGAGCUUUUCUCCUCUUCAAAUUCCCAUUCCGUUGAUGAGCCUCUACCUUCUCAGUAUCAAUUUAGAGCAUUCCUUGGUGCAAGAUCCAUCAUGCUCGACGACGUCGACGACGAGCCUUUCGCCGAUGGCAUCUCGAGCCCGAUAGCGCAGCACAUCUAUGACUUCUGCGACGACGGCAACGGCGGCGACCUCUUCGCGGCGGUGAACGCGGCGGCGGCGGCAGGGUCGGACAUGUUCACGGCCUCCUCGGAGGACGCGUCCGCCUCGUCGUCGUCGACGGCCACCGCGCCCAUCGCCGGCGGCGGCGACACCCUGUCGCCGCCGCUGCCGUCGCUGGACUCCACGCUCUCGGCUCUCCUCGAGCAAGACGAGCCGCCCGGCGCCGACGGCGAGCUCCUCCUCCCCAUCGACGACUACGCGUUCUCCGCCGUCGACGAGACGCAGCCACCACCACCACCGGAGCAUCAGCAGCAGCAGCAAUUCACCCAGAUGCCUCUCCCGGUGAUGGGCGGCGCGGCGGCGGAGCACCCGGCGCUGCAGGCGCAGCUGAGCAGCACCGCCACCGAGCUGAUGCAGUACGCCGGGUUCACCGACGAGGUCUUCGCGGCGGCGUUGGCCGCUGGAGCCGGAGCUGGGGCGGGAGGGUACAUGGGCCUGGACGACCCGCUCUGCCCGCAGCAGCAGCAUUCCGGCGCGAUGCUCCCCGCCGCCGCCGCCGCCGGCGAGGCGUUCUUCAGCAAGGACGCGCACGCGGCGCAGGCCGCCUUCUUCGCCGCGGCCGGCGGCGGCGGCGGAAGCAUGGUGAUGUCGAUGAUGGGAAUGGACGAGAUCGGCGAGUACCAGCGGAUGAUGGAAUGCGGCGGCGCGCUUCUCGGCGCCACCCACGCCGCCGACGGCGCCGACAUGGCCUUCGGCAACGCCGCCGCCGCAGAGUUGCAGAUGGGCGGAGGCGGGAGUAGCCCAGCGCGGCUGCCGGCGACGGGGACGACGGAGACGACGAGCUUGGAGGACACGAGCUUCAAGACCGUCCGCCUCUCCAACGAGGAGAGGAAGGAAAAGAUCCACAGGUACAUCAAGAAGAGGAACGAGAGGAAUUUCAGCAAGAAGAUCAAGUACGCUUGCAGAAAAACCCUCGCGGAUAGCCGGCCUCGCGUCCGUGGUAGGUUCGCCAAGAACGACGACUACUGCGAGGCAUCCAGGUCGAUCGGCUCGCAGAAUCACGAAGAGUAUGAACAAAUUGGCGGCGUGAAGGGAGAAGACAUGCUUGAUUCUGACGCUCUAGCGCAUAUCAGCGGGAUGAGCUCAUACAUGUACAAUCACACAGUGGAAUCCUGGAUAUAAACUCAUACGACACAGCACUGAGAAACUCUCUCGAAUUGCUUUUUCUUUUUUUUUCCACCCUAUUUUGUGCAGAUUUAACCGGUCCUUUACUUCAAACCUCUGAAUAAUUUUGUAGAAAUUUGAUGUAUGUUGAUCAGCUGGAGUUGCUGUAGGGUCGGUCUGUUGUCAUAUCAAUCUGCUUUUCACUUGUUUGUCAUUCUUGCAGGUGAAUGAAAUAGAUAGAGUUAAUUUGCAUAAUUUGUAUAGAUACAAAUGUCGUGUGUACUUAACGAUGUUAGAAGGCAUUUUGAAAUGCCUAGUAUGUUUUGAGGUGGUCCUGGAAACGGUUGAGAAAAUUGGAGCAGGGAAAAUCAAUAUAGAUUUAGGCCUUUAGCAAUCUGAGGGUGUAAAGGAAAAGGAUAUAUUUGCAAAUGUUUGACGGUAUAAUACCUCUAUAUGAAUAUAUUAUACUAUUGACUUUA